AUGUCAGAUAAACACCCAUCCCCUACUACUACUACUACUACUACUACUACUCUCAACGAGGUCGACAAAACGAGGACACCACCAACACCAAUAGUAGCAGUGCACGAGCCCCCAAUGCCGCCUUCAUCGCCGCCUCCUCCUCGUCCUUCUCCUCCCCAUUCGUCAAUCGACUCAUCACCAUCGUCCAAUGUCGCUACUGGAGAACACUCCAUGACAUCCACUGGUCAACCCCAUUUGGAUCCAACGUCAACAACAACAACAACAACAACCGGUACUGAAAAGACACCUUCCAGACAGCCAUCGUCUCGUACACUCAAUGCCCAACAGCGUCGAUCGUUAAUCACAAAGUUCGCUACGAUCCAUACCGACAAGUAUCCAGAGAAUCUUCGACGAGAGUUUCCAAUGAGCAACUUUGAUCGCAACUUGACAGUAGAAAAGGCCCGGUUUGAGCCACAACCACUUAACCAUGACACCAAUAAUACCACUCUUCAUCAUCAUCAUCCUCAUCAUCAUCAUCCCAAGGAGGGUGGUUACUCUGGAGUAGCGACACCAGCAACAACAACAACAUCAUCAUCACCUCCUCAUGAUCAUUUGCAAGCAGCAUCUUCUUCACAUCAUCGACCAACAACAGCUUCAUCACCUACCAGCUAUACAACCAACAAUAGCAUUACGCCAUCAGCAUCAUCCACUACUGGACUUCAUACUGCAUCAAGUACCUAUUCAGUCAAUGGGAAUGGUACAGGUGCAACAAGUACAUCAACAGCACCUUGUGGUGGUGGUAAUACGACUCCUGCUGGUGGUGGAGGUGGUGGUACUGGGCCUGUAAAGCCAAUCAUGCAACCUACAAAGUCUAGAAGCGAAGGUGAUCGAACGUGCCGUACCAACAAGAAACGACGGCGACCUCCUCCUCCUGUCAGUGGGACAGCUACACCCGCUGAAGUCUUUCAUCGUAAUUUGAUUGAUGCCGUUUCCAAUGUAGAAGACUCGGAUGAAAAUGAGCAUUAUGUAUAUUCUUAUGGUGGUGCAACAACGAUUGAUCCAACAUCGUAUCAUUCGGAUUUGGGAUAUCAUCGACCUCAAUCGAUUCGAUCCUCACCGCCUUCUUCACAUCACCCAGAAAACAAAUGGCUGGCUCCAUGGUCAUCAACAGCAAGUUUCUUUAGCGACCUCUUUCGGAUCAACAGCAAUCACUCACAGAGACCUCCUAUCGCCACACGAUCCUCAUCACUGACAACGCAUGGUAUUGCGGAUGAUGAAGCAGAAGCGGCUUAUCAACCCCAUCAUCGCCCUAAGCUAAGAAACUAUGUGAUUCCCAAGCAACAUCCUUAUGCCGAUCCAUGGGCUACGGCUGCUGGUGGUGGUGAUCAUCAUCAUUGGUACGAUAGUAAACGCAACAUGAUCGGAUCAGCAGCAACAACAACACCAUCACAUCAUUUACCACCACCACCACAGCCUUCUCGCCAUCGACGACGCAUAUACCCAUGGGCAUAUCAUACAGAUGGGUACAGCAGUGAUGAUGAAGAUACCCCAUUGAUGAUGGGCCGUUCUUUACGGUCUAGUAAACGAUCCAGGAAAAAGAAACGAUUAUGUUCGCGUGUCUUUCGCAAUACAAUGCUCGCCUUUUUAUUUCUUGUGCUGGCCACUUGCUUCUUGGUACUCUAUCGAGCUAAACCCUUGGUCGACAUUGGGGUUGAAAUGGGCCGGGUGCUGGCGUCCGAUAAAGAACUCAUCUUUGAUUUGCGUGUCAAGGCCAACAACUGGAACUGGUGGACUGUGCGCGUUGCUGAUGCCGAUAUUAGUAUGUUUGCAUUCAGUCAAGUGGUCCCCUUAAGCAACAACACCGUCAUUCAUGGCGUGGAUCCAGCAGAAUACCUUGGUAGCUUUUAUCGAUUUGAUGAACCUUUGGCAUUUCCACCCGCCAUGCUUUCACGAGAACAAGUCGAAGCAAGUAGUCAAAUCCGAAUCAAAUCACCUGGGGCUGAUAAGAGUGGCAAUGAACGAUGGUCACGUAUCAUUCGUUAUCCUUAUGGGCUCGUAGCCCGAGGUGUGCUCAAAUACAGACCUUUACCAUUUACUGGAGCCUACUCACAAUCCGUGGCCAUCUGUGAUGUUGCACGCGUAGAACCCAUAUCCGGUGUCAUUUCAGAAGAUCCAGAUCAGAGUUAUUGUUUAAAACAUGCUAAAGGCAUAGACCAAUGA